AUGGUCGCCGAUGACAACGCUGCUGUGAAUUGUGAGGCCGUGGCUAAGUGUUGUCGGUCUCCCACAGGAAGUGCUCUUGCAGGCGGGAUCUUCAGGUCUCUCCGAUUUCCGUUCAGAAUGACGCCGUGCGUCGGCCUCUCCUGCGUCCUGUGGUGUCUCCUCCUCGCCGGCUACAUCCGGCCUUCCAGCCAAGAUCUGGACAAGCCCGCGGCCCGCCCCGUAUUCAGCAGCCGCCCCUUCAUGGUGGCGUGGAACGCGCCGACUCAGGACUGCCCGCCGCGCUACGACGUGCCCUUCGACCUGCGGCUCUUCGACCUGAACGCCUCGCCCAAUUUCGGCUUCACCAAGCAGAACCUCACCAUCUUCUACAAGGAGCGCCUGGGGCUGUACCCGUACAUUGACGAGCGCAACGUCACCGUCAACGGGGGCGUGCCGCAGAACGCCAGCCUGCGCGCCCACCUGGACGAGAUGCAGACCGGGAUCAACAAGUACAUCCCGGAGAAGGACAAGGACGGCCUGGCGGUCAUCGACUGGGAGGAAUGGCGCCCCAUCUGGAUCCGGAACUGGCAGAACAAGAGCGUUUACCGGCAGGUCUCCCGGCAGCUGGUCAUUUCCCGGCACUCCAACUGGACCGGCGAAGACCAGCUCAAGCAAGCCCAGUACGAGUUUGAGAACGCCGCCCGCGAGUUCAUGGCGGAGACGCUGCGGUACGCCAAGAACUAUCGCCCCCGCCAGCUCUGGGGGUAUUACCUCUUCCCGGACUGUUACAACCAUGACUACCUGACCAACCAGCAGACCUACACCGGCAAGUGCCCCGACGUGGAGAUGUCCCGGAACGACAAGCUGUGGUGGCUGUGGGAUGAGAGUACCGCCCUUUACCCGUCCAUCUACCUGGACCCCUUUCUGAAAUCCUCCCCCAACGGGCGCAAGUUCGUCCACCACCGGGUGAAGGAGGCCAUGAGGAUCGCCUACAAACACCACCGCGAUUACUCCGUGCCCGUCUUCGUCUACACCAGACCCACCUACAUCAAGAAGCUGGACCUUCUCUCCCAGGUGGAUCUCAUCUCCACCAUCGGCGAGAGCGCUGCACAAGGGGUGGCGGGGGUGAUAUUUUGGGGUGGUGCUGAAUACGCCAAGAACAAGAAAACCUGCCAGACGAUGAAGACGUUCCUGGAUGAAGAUUUGGGUGAAUACAUUGUGAAUGUCACCACCGCGGCCUCUCUCUGUAGCCAGGCGCUCUGCGGUGGAAAAGGACGAUGUCUGCGCAAAGAUAAUUUGACCGACGCCUUUCUUCACCUCAACCCGGGCAACUUCCGCAUCGUGAGGGCACCUUCAGGGUCCAAUGCGUCCGUUCCAAUGUGGGCGGAGGGCCAGCUGUCAUCAGAGGACAUCGCACUUCUACAUUCUCAGUUUCAAUGUCAGUGUUACCUGGCCUCACCUGGAAACACCUGCGGCUUUCAGAAUCGUAUGUACAAUGGUGCCGAAUCCGCGGGGUCCUCCAUGGACCACUCACAGUCCUGGGGAUUAAUGGUUCUCCUGCUGAUGCUGCUGGAAUGGUGAUACAUCUGUGGGACACUUUA